CAAGCACGCCGUGAGCUGCCUGACAAUGCAACAAGCUGUUCCUUAAGGUAUUCACACAGAAGCUCAGGCCGAGCUCAGUCGAUACUUGCCCGAAGUCGAGGAUAUAAAUGCAUUGGUUUCUACACACCCACAUCUACCGGAGGACAGACAAUUGGAGUAAGAUUCAGUCAAGGGUUUGAUGGCGUAAAUGUUGGCACACGAUGUUGAUGGUGUUCGUGACGACGUGGGUGUUGCUGCAUCACGUACCCAUGUACACGUGUGAGACGCAUGGGGGUACUGAACCUCUUUACAGCCAGCAUCAGCAGCAACAUCAACAGCAGCAGCACCAUCAACAGCAGCAAUGUCCCGCCCCAAUGAUCCGGCCUUCUGCUACGUCCGCCAUUGCUGCAGUCGGGGGUCUCUCCACUGUUGACGCUCAAGAGUAUGGGGCGGUAAAAGUACUCAACCUGACCAAGACUCGCACUCAUCGUAGGAUCACUUUGGCCAUGAACCCGCCCUUAUUUGAGAUUCCGGGUUUUCUGGCUCCAGACGAAUGUGACCAUAUCAUCAGACUAGCACAAGAGCAGGGACUGGAAGACGCCACGACAGCGGGCUGGGAGGAAAGUAUUGUCCACACUGACGACCUCCAGGACGUGAGCAGUCGAGAUCGGACUGGGCAGACGACAUUUCUAAAUCGGCGCGGAGAUCCGCUUCUCGCUGCCAUUGAGGAACGUGUUUCCAUCCUGACGGAACUGCCCUUAACACUCAUCCAGGAGAGCGAAGACCUCCAGGUUGCCCACUAUGGUACUCAGGGCCACUACCAUGCCCAUUUCGACACCGAUUCUGAUUGGAGGCUAGAUGACCCGGAAGUGAAACCUUGCUGCUUCCAGAUCGAGCCUCCGCGUGUCGGGAGCAGGUGUAUUUUCUGCAGGUUCGCGACUGUCAUGAUGUAUCUCAAUGACGUUGAAGAAGGAGGGGAAACGGCCUUUCCUGUCGCCGACCUCACAGACCCAGAUAUAUCGGCUGAGAAUGAAAAUUUGAGUUUCAACUGUUACAAGGCGUCGGUUGUGGUGAAACCCAAGAAAGGAACAGCUGUGUUCUGGUACAACAACUAUGUUGAUGAAGAUACGGGCUGGAUUGGGGAACACGACCCGUUUUCUCUGCAUGGCGGAUGUGACGUCAUAAGGGGCGAGAAGUGGAUUGCGAACCAGUGGAUCAGCGCGCCCACCUACAGACAAAGACAUUAUGUGCCUGAAGACCUCCACAGGGAAAACUGAAAAAACGUUAAGGCCACAAAAAAACUUGUGUAGAUUGUUAUUAAAAUCCCUUACCUAAAGGUGAUGACCUAACAAUUAAUUACAUUAGAAUAAUUUCUAAUAAUUUAAUCGUUUGAUUUUAGAAAUUGUAGAAAAUUGUACAAAGGUUAAUUCAGUUUUGUUUUGUUUGUUGUUUAACGCAGCACUCAGCAAUAUUCCA